AUGGAAGCCAAGGUCAUUUCCGUGGAACGCGCGCGGCCGUUGCGACCGCAGACGAAAAAGAAGAACACAGCAAUCGGAGCAUCUUCCACGGCGCCUAGGAAUGCUCACGGUGGCGCAGUACCUGUAUCAGCUUUUAGUGCGCCAUUCCCGUCGUUAUUGCGUAUGCCGUCUGUAAAGGAAAUGUAUUCAGUUGUACUCACCGGCACCACAGGGAAACCCCCGGAUAGUUCUUGCACUGGAGAGGGCCGGCUUCCUUCAGGAGAUAACAACGCCAUUGCUGCAAUGUUUUUACGGCAGCUUCGGGUUGCCUGCGCGGCGCACACCGGAAAAACGUCCGGUGACAGUGGUGUUAGUAGUAGUCGUGGCAGCUCUGAUGUAUUGUGCUCGCACGCAGGAUUUACUUUUUACCGGCAUCUUUACGACAUGCACCGAUGGCUAUUUUCGUCUGGCGCCUGUGAACAUGGACGCCGUGUAGUUGUUAAGCAUGCCUGGCAAGCACUGUUUGCCAAGAAACUUCGACCAUGGCGUGUGUUUAUGACGAUUUUAGGCUCUGAAAUGAUGCUUGCAGAUGAGAAUGCGGCGUCAGGAUUUUUGACGAUGUUAUACAAUAUUUUGCAGAUAACUAGUCGUCCUCGUCGCAAACGGGUUAUCAGAUUGUGUUGCCGGUUUAGGUUGCCGCAAGAAUGCAUUUCCAUUCUUGAGGGGUGCGAGGACGCUUUUGCGGCCGCGGUGCGAUUGUACAAUUGUGGCAACAGCACGAGGAGCUGUAAUCUGACUUUGCCGCGUGAAGGGGGUUCACAGGAGCUGAAUGCACGAUUGCUGGGGUCUGACAGUUUUCAUUCUCCACCUUUUGCCUUAAUGCGUGUGGUGGAGGCGGCAGCAAUGCUGUUGGGGCUUUGUGGAUCUGGAAACGCGAAGGUACUUCGAGUUGUGCGUCGUACAAAUGCUUUAUCAUCAUUGCUUUAUGUCACUGAGUUACUCUUUGCCACCGUGGCGCGUCAGUUGUCCCAGAUAAAGACGAAUGACAGGAAAUACUUUGUAGGUGAUGACGAGGGCGGCACAGAGGCAGUAUAUUGUAGGAACGAAGCUCACUUGUACUGUGCUUCUAUUUCUCAGCAUGUGUUACCCACCUGCGAUGCUCUUCUGCACCUGGUUGUAGCACUUUAUCAACUUGCGGCCCUUCCGGCGAAUGCGGACUUCAUGGGUGAGCGUGGCGUGAAGCUUUGCGUUCAGCUUGGAUGGAUGCUGCACAGCUUUCUUUCAAAAGAGAUGAGUUUGUUGCGAGCUCUUUCUUUGCCGUUACAGGAUCACCUUGAGAGAGUUGCGCUGCGGUCGAUUGAACUGUUGUCGCGCCUCUGCUGUGGCACAAAGACAAGGAAAAAAUCACUGGAGGCGGCACGGGAGCAGGGUGCUGUUGGUAUGCUUGUUAAUUUUAGCACGCACCCGUCGCGGCGCGCGGAAGUGGGGCUUGCCUCUCUCGAUGCCUUAAAUGCCCUAACAACCAAGGAUAGUGGGUGCCGAGAACAGCUGCAUGGUGACGCAGAGGAAAUUUCUACUCUUGUUCAGGGUGUUGUUAGAGCAGCCGAGUUAGCAGCUCGCUCAGCAGACCACUGGCACAAGCUCUAUGUAUCGUUGUACGCAUUAUUUGGCGUUGUCACACUUCCGGGUGAAGUAGAUGCCACUCGACGUAAUGAGGGCGCAGCUCCCACGCUCCGCGUUGUGCCUUCACAACACUCCUUCUCCGUCUUGACGCCGGAUGUGAUGCAGGGGUUUUCGUUGCUCCGUGUGGGUGGAACGACAAUGCCACUCUCACUUCUUUCGAUUGAUUUUCAGCCGGAUGCCUUUUCUCCGGAGUUACAUAAAGAAGGAGAGUGGGGUUUCGCCACGGACACGCUUGCCUUUAUAGCGCCUGAAAAAUUGCCUUGGUUGUUUUCAAAUGACGUAUUACCACCGUCGCGUGAGAUUGCCGCCCCCCUAUUUCCAGACGUGGGGAUGACAGAGGUGGAGCUGGGACGCUGCUUACUCUCGCAUACUCUAGAGGCUCUUCAACCCACCUCAUCCGAGGUGAAGGUUCGAGUGCUCAAACGCCUCAUUGAACGUCUAUGCACACCUUUUCACUGCAUUGAUCGUGUCGUGUAUGAGCGACCUCCACUUGUUGUGUUACCCUCACUGCAGGUAGUGUUGGAAGAGGUGACGACACCGGAACAGGUGCAGUUGUUGGGUGGGGAAGAAAGCAGAGGAGGGGGAGGGCAGGCCCACUUUGAGGCUCCUUCCUUGACAGGAUUCUUGAAAUUUCAAUCGGACUUUGAGUCUGGCAAUUUACAGCGUGCUGUUGCCAUUGAUGAGGUGGAGUACGAUCUUGUGCUAAGCCCUGACACAAACACAAACUGUCAUGUGCAGUGGUUUUAUUUCUGUGUUGAGGACUACACGCCUGGCACAACGUACCGCUUUAACAUUCUCAACAUGGAGAAAUCCAGCUCGACUUUCAACGAGGGCCAGCGGCCUCUCAUGCUAUUGGUCGAGGAUGCCGUGUCGAAAACGGGCGUGUCGGGCCUGCCACAGUGGACGCGUUGCGGACACGACAUUUUUUAUUACAGAAACUUGUAUCGACGCCCGGCACGUUGCACCACAACCACCACUGCAACGGCGGAAGCAGACGGUAUAGAGAUGACUAAAAGUCAUGGCAGCAGCGAACGCAGAUUAAACCACGGGCAACAAGCCUCAAAGAAGGCGAAAAAAGUCAUCAAGACAAAGCAUUCCAAGAAUCAAGAUGGAGAAGGGACCUCAUUUUGUUACACACUAAGUUUUUCUGUGGUAUUUCCAGAGAAGAAAGGACGUGUGUUUUUGGCAAAUUGUUUUCCGUAUACCUACACUAACCUCAUAGCUGACAUUCAUCAGUGGGAACAGCAGGCAAAGGGUGGCCUUGGUGCCUCGGCCCUGGUGGCGGUGCAACAACUUUGUACGACACCCGGUGGUCUUCCGGUGCCGAUUAUUACCGUCACAGCAAGCACCUCGGGGGAUGGGGAUGCUGAAGGCAGUAGAGAGAAAAAUUUGUGUAACAGUUGCGGAGUUGCGGCUUUAACAGAGAUAGAGAACCGCCCGGUGUGUAUCGUGACCUCGCGGGUCCAUCCUGGAGAGAGUAAUGCCAGUUGGAUGUUGCGUGGGUUGUUAACCUUUCUUCUAGGCGAUGAGGAGGAGGCCAAGACGCUGCGAAGCAGCUUUGUGUGGAAGAUUAUACCUAUGCUGAAUCCUGACGGUGUUGUGCUUGGAAACCAUCGCUCCUCACUGGGGGGAGCAGACCUUAACCGUGACUACGCAGAUCCAAACCCGUGGACCAAUCCCGUGAUUUAUUCGCUGAAGCGACUCACUCAACACAUCAUUUCUAGAGAGCAACGCCAUGUGGCACUUUUUGCGGAUUUGCACGGACACUCACGCGCCAAAAACUUUCUUAUCUAUGGAUGUACACCCCGCCCAGGGGAGCCGGAGAGAAAAUCGGCCGUCAGGGGUACAAUGGCAAUGCCGCCAUCUCAAUUGGAAGCUUCCUCCAGCAAUUCCACAUUGGAUGCUCGUCGACAGGGGUCAUCGACCGCGACCUCAGUGACGACUGCUGCUUCUUCGCCUGUUGAAAAAAUUGUUCCCUUCAUUCUGAGUUGUCUUUCUCCCGCCUUUGCACUGCCACAGUGUUCUUUUACGGUGCAUAAGAGUAAGCAGAAUACUGGACGGGUUGUGAUGUAUCGUCAGUUUGGGAUACGCAUGAGCUACACGCUAGAGGCAACCAUGAUGGGUGGGAAAGACGAUGAAGUCUAUUGCCGCAACACCCGCAUUAUACCGAAAAAAUCAUUAGGAGGUGUGGUUGGUGUACUUCAGGAAGAGAAAGCAAAUAAAGUCAGCAAGGAAGAGGAAAAAAUAAAGGGUGCCGUGGAGCCAUGGCCUUUGGAGGUCUGCUACAGUACUCGUCAGUAUGAAAAUAUGGGUGAGUUGCUGGUUCGCAGCCUCCAUCUUCUUAGGGUGGAUGGUGAGGGUUUGGACGCCGCCAUGAAGGAAACAAUUGAACGUGCAUGGUCAUUGUUCUUUGCCACUACAGGCAAUAUAGAUGCGAUGACUGUGUUGAGCUCUCCUUCCAUGGGCGGUUCGUAUGCGUUUUCAACACGAAAGGAACGUCGCCUGGAUGCUCUCAAGGUAAAGAAGGAGAAGACGACGAACACCGCCACACUGUCGAUGGAGCAGCGAAAGGAAUUACUGCGCGCACUGCUUGUGCGGCCAAAGGUGUCAACUACACACCCGAUGGCUCUUGGCUCCGUUUUUAUGGGAAGCGAAAGUGACGAUGAGGAGGAGUCCGAAGGCUCAGAUGACGAAGAUGACGAUGACGUGGGAGACCAGGUCAAUGCCUCUAGACUUGAAGAUGAUGACGGUGAGAGUGGCGGAAGCGAUGAUGACAACGAGGAUGAUGAUGACGAUGAUGACGACGAGGAUGAUGAUGAUGAUGAUGACGCGGACGAUAUUGAGGAUGAGGAACUUCCAUCCUCUGAGGUUGGUGGGGCCUAUUUCCUGGAGUAG